AUGUUUGGGCGUGCCUGCGCUGUUGACAUUACCGAAAAGCAUAAGCCCAAUGAUGCUGGUCCCGAACUUCAUCCCGAUACGGGCACGGAGUCUAUUAUCAUCGUUUACAAACUCCGCUCCGGCAAAGGUGUAUUCCCUGUAGCCAACGUCCGCCUCGAAAUACAACUUACGAUGCAAGAGCAUGCCGCCGUCUUUCGAGACGGUCCCAGCUUGAAAAGUGGAUGUGCAAAGACGCUUAAGUUGUACCAUGGGAAGAUGCACAAACUCAAGAUUUUCGACAAGAGCAUGAUUUGGAACUCCGAUCUGAUCGAAGAAAUUGAGUUGCAGAACCCGAUGCUCAAUGCCGUCCAGACAAUCGUCGCGGCGGAGGCUCGCAAAGAAUCCCCUGGUGCCCACGUCCGUUAA